UUAUGGGAAAUGUUAUUCCAGACUUUGCUUUCUUGUUACAGAAUCAAUGCACACAGACAUUGACGAAGGCAUCAGGAAGAGGGUACUUGGUGUCACCAUGCCAGUCGAAAGAAUGCGUAUGCGACCGUGGCUGGAAGAACAAAUCAAUGCUGGUAAAAUACCAGGCUUUAAGUGGGUAAAUAAGGAGAAAAAGGUUUUUCAGAUUCCCUGGAUGCAUGCAGCUAGACAUGGUUGGGAUGUGGAAAAAGAUGCUCCUUUAUUUAGAAACUGGGCAAUCCAUACAGGAAAAUACCAGCCAGGCGUGGACAAGCCGGAUCCAAAGACAUGGAAAGCCAAUUUCCGCUGUGCGAUGAACUCCUUGCCUGACAUAGAGGAGGUGAAAGAUAAAAGCAUUAAAAAGGGGAGCCAUGCCUUCAAAGUCUACAGAAUGCUGACACUGACAGAACGACCUACAAAAAAAGGAAAGAAAAAAGUGGACAAAGAAGACAAGAUCAAAUUAAUUAAGCUGGAGAGGCCCUGUUCCCCAGGCAAUGGGACAAAUAGGGCUGAAGCACAGUUGAAUGUCGUAAUUAAAGAGGAAGCAAUGGUGGACAGUACUGUUGGCAGUCUCUUAGAACACAGGAGUUCACCACAAUAUGAAGAAAUGAUCAUCAGCAACCCCCCCGACGUGUGUCAGGUGAUCGAGGUGACGACGGAAAGUGAAGACCAGUCGGUCAGCUCGAGCCACGGCUACCCACUCCAGAUAUCGCCAGUGUCUUCAUAUGGAGCAGAAAGCGAAACAGACAGUGUGCAGAGCGAUGACGAAACAAAGGGGCUUUCGCUGUGGCAGGCGAGAAGCGGGGAUGGGAAGCUGUUCUGCAACAGCACAGGGAACAACACGUGCCAGCUGCCAAGCAUGGCCACCUUUGUAACGUCGGGCAAAACUAACUUCAAAGUCACCAGCAACAGAGAGGAGUCCCCCCUGAUUGCCUACAAAAGUACCCCCCCAUGGCCAAACCUUCCCACUAUCUUGCCCCCACCUCCCGCACACAUCUCUACGGUCACAAGGGCGGGCCACGAGACACGUGCCAGCGUAAUCAUGAAGACGUCAGAUGUCUCCAAGUCCGGAGUGAAAACAUGCUAAGCCUGUCUUUUUUUUUUUAGGACAAACUGACUGCACUCACCCAGGCAGUGCCACCACACUGCAGCGAAUGACAAGAAACCCUCAUCAGGAACUAGCAAACAGACUGCCAUGUCCGAGCUCAGGACAGCUCAUGGGAUUAAGACUAGAAGCUUUUCCCUUAACGUGAUAUGCGUUACAAUCAGGCGGAAAGAUGCAAGUUCUGAUAGCAAGAGGACCAAAAAGAAGCAGUAUAUGAAAGAAAUCAUAUAGUAUGCAUUGCUGGCAUAUACAGAAAAGGUUUUAUUGUGAAUAUGUACAUAGUGCAAUAUUGGCUUAAUUGCAACUUGCUUCUGCACCUUACUGAAAGCACUUACUGUGUCAUAGAGCACUUCCAGAUGUGUCAUGCAAUGACACCUACACACCUUGGAGAUUUUUAGAGUUCCUGUGGAGAAGAAAAUUGCCCUGCUUUGGCUAGCCUUUCUUUUUCGCUCACAUAAAGAGGUACAAAAGGAUGAAGAUGAAGUGAUUUAAUACAGCAAAGAAAAAAUAAGUGCCGGUGGAAAAAAAAGAAUGAUUGAAAUAUUUUCCUAAUGCAAGCUUUUGUGUGUGUGUGUGUGUGUGUGUGUGUCUAUAUAUAU